AUGAGUACAUAUAUAAACAACAUUCAUCAUGAAAACGGAUUAUUGAUUUUCUUUUUCUAUUUGAUAGGUAGCAAAACAAUUUGGAUUAGAUACAAAGACUCUAAUAGUCAGUUUGAAUUUAAUGAAAAUACAAAAAUAUAUGUUGACAAUGUAAAAAGUUUCCUUCUCAAGUUCAAUAAGUUUGGUGAUCUAAAAGGUCGAUCCCAAGAUUCGUUUGGUCUCUCUUUCGAAGGAUCUCUCUUGGAAGAUAAGUCAGUUGUGACUAAUUUUGAUGAUGGUGCGACACUCGAUCUAAUUUUAAAAUUAGAAUCAUCUCAUGUAGAAUUACCUCAAAAUCUUUUAGCUUUGAACCUUCUAUCAUUAAAGGAAUGGAUAAAACAAUAUAAAAUACAACCAAAGGUUGCUUUUGAAAAAGAUAAAAUUAUUUCUGGUUUUGGAAAGGAUUUUCCUUUUGUUGGCAGAAAACAAUCUUCUAAAUUAUUGAAGGCUACAGUUCGCGAUAGAUGGAAGAGUCACAAAAAUCAAGAGGAUGAUCAAAAAGUACACCCAAUUAUGGUAGUGGCUGGAGCCCCAGGCACAGGAAAAACUCGAUUUCUUUUAGAGUUUCCUCGUAUCAUUAGUAAAAGUGUGCCUGAGGCAUCAGCAGACAGUGUUUACUUAUAUUUGACUUAUGGAAAUGGGGAACCCCUUAGUAAAUUAGAGUUUAGAGACAUUGUAUCAGGAUUCUCAUUAAGAAUCCUUCACAACUACUUCCGCAUCAGAGACCCUUUGGUACUUUUUAUCCAACAAUGGUUUGAUACUUGGGAUAAAGAAUUGCCUUUACUUCUUGUAUUGGCUCUCAUCAAAGAAGUGGAAGAAAAGGAAUCUCUGACAAUAUUAUUGGCCAUAGACGAAUUUCAAAAGUUACUCCAAGAUUCUUCUGUGACAUCAAAAGACAUCAAGGUCAGAAGAAAACAUCUCAGAGAUAUUAGAGUUGGUUAUGACACUCGUGGCCUAUUCCAUCACCACACUCUCUAUCGACAAUUGGACCCAGAGAAAACCUAA